AAGAAAUUCGAUUUCCAUUUCCCUGAUAACAACAAAAUCACACUCUCUCAAACUUUUGCCAAACAGCAAGAAUUGAAAAAUUGAAAAUCCUCCCAUUCCAUUCACCCAAGCAGAGAUAUCAAUCAGUGACCGUGGAUCUCUCUCUUUCACACAAAUGGCCGGCGCGGCCUCGGCGAUUUUCCUCUUAGACAUAAAAGGCCACGUCUUGAUUUGGCGCGACUACCGUGGUGAUGUCUCUUCAGCUCAGGCCGAGCGCUUCUUCACCAAGCACCUCGAGAAAGAGGGCGAUGCGCAAUCUCAAGAUCCUGUGGUGUAUGACAAUGGCAUAACGUACAUGUUUAUACAACACAAUAAUGUUUAUUUGAUGACUGCCUCGAGGCAGAAUUGCAAUGCCACGAGCCUUUUGCUCUUUCUGCACCGUUUAGUUGAUGUGUUUAAGCAUUAUUUUGAAGUGUUAGAAGAGGAAUCCCUCAGAGAUAAUUUUGUAGUUGUGUAUGAAUUGCUUGAUGAAAUAAUGGACUUUGGCUUCCCGCAAUUCACUGAAGCAAAGAUUCUUAGCGAAUUUAUCAAGACCGAUGCUUAUAGGAUGGAAGUGACGCAGCGACCACCCAUGGCUGUGACUAAUGCAGUGUCUUGGCGUAGUGAAGGGAUACGAUACAAGAAGAACGAAGUUUUCUUGGAUGUGGUGGAGAGUGUAAACAUACUUGUCAACAGCAAUGGGCAAAUUAUACGUUCAGACGUUGUUGGGGCACUAAAAAUGAGAACAUAUUUAACUGGUAUGCCUGAGUGUAAACUAGGCCUAAAUGAUAGAGUAGUACUGGAGGCUCAAGGUCGAGCAGCAAAAGGAAAAGCCAUUGAUCUGGAUGAUAUUAAGUUCCAUCAGUGUGUACGUUUGGCUCGAUUUGACAAUGACCGGACAAUAUCCUUUGUACCCCCAGAUGGACCUUUUGACCUGAUGACUUAUAGGCUCAGUACUCAGGUGAAACCUCUCAUUUGGGUAGAAGCACAAGUUGAAAGGCAUUCUAGAAGUCGUGUUGAAAUCAUGGUGAAAGCUCGGAGCCAGUUCAAGGAGCGCAGCACUGCCACAAAUGUUGAAAUCGAGUUGCCUGUGCCAUCUGAUUCUACAAAUCCUAAUGUCCGAACAUCAAUGGGAUCUGCUACAUAUGUUCCCGAAAAUGAUGCUUUGGUUUGGAAAAUUAAGUCUUUUCCUGGUAAUAAGGAGUAUAUAUUAAGGGCAGAGUUCAGCCUUCCUAGUAUAACUCCUGAAGAAGCAGGACCAGAAAGGAAGGCUCCUAUCCGUGUGAAGUUUGAGAUACCAUAUUUUACUGUUUCAGGGAUUCAGGUUCGUUACCUUAAAAUCAUUGAAAAAAGUGGAUACCAGGCUCUUCCAUGGGUGAGGUACAUAACAAUGGCUGGUGAAUAUGAACUAAGACUAAUGUAAAAUGUGUUGCCGCUUUAAAUGACGUAAAUAUAGUGUAUGGCCUUGAAACUGCGUGCGUGCUAAUAUGUGGUUCCUCAUGGGAAGUUUCUUCCCAAAAUUUUGGUGUAAUAGGGGUUCUGUUCUGUGGUGUUGUUUCUUCGUAUCUGCUUCUGUCACCGUUCAAAUAUAAAAUUUCUUUUUGGGCAAAAUGUUUAUUCAAUCAAAUUUUUGUGGGAAUCAAUAGUUUUUGUUGUCAAA